AUUUAGCCACAGAGAGAAGAAAUGGCAGUGGAGAAGUGGCAUUACAAUGUGGUGUCGCUUCUCUCCGGAACGGAGAGGGACUUUCUCAUCCGUAACAAUGGCGAGAAGUAUGUAACAAGCAGGUAGGUAAUUUCAUAGUUGAAAGGCAGAUCCCACAAUUGAGGUGCUCUCCGACCUAGAAGUCACAGUACGCCAUGAAGUACAGGCAUUGCGACGGGAAGUUGGUCCUCAAGGUCACAGACAAUCGCGAGCCGUGGAGGAACGUCGAUCUCUCUCUCUUCUCCUCCUUGUGCAAUCUUCUGCCCUUUAGAGGAGAAGCCUUCCGACGUGCCCAGAAGCCUAACUCGCUGAAGCAUGACAUCACUUGUCCUCCCUUUUUUGCUGGUUUUCUCCACCACUGCUUUCUUGCUGGUUUUCUCCACCACUGCUACGUCCAAUUAUUGGUUCUUCAGUGGCCCGGAUCAUUUUGCAACGUCAACCGUUGCUGUCCUAUGAGUACGGGAUAUCCAGAAAUUUUUUUUACCAUCUAUGGCCUUUGGCUCGCUUUUCGCAAUGGAAUGUUUCCAUCUUGUGACAAGAAUAUGCCGUCAGCUUCUAAAUACAACCGACGUAAGAUGGACCCUUUGAUUGGCGAGAUGAUUCAACACUGGCAUAGUUUUCGCUGUCCCAGUAGCGAUGGCCACUCGUUCUGGCAACAUGAAUGGGAUAAGCAUGGCACGUGUUCCUUUUCCACGUUCGAUCAACUUUCUUACUUCACAGCAGCCCUCAACCUCAAGAAAAAAGUUGAUAUUCUCUCUUGGCUAAAGGCGGAAGGUAUUUUUCCUGAUAACAACAAGUAUGAAUCGAAGCUUGUCUUCCAAUAUCUCAGAAGAGAAAUAGGAUAUAAACCAGCAAUCCAGUGCAUCAUAAAAUCGGGGAAGCAAUAGUUGUAUCAGAUUCAUAUCUGCAUUAACAAAUUAGGAAAGGAAUUUAUCAACUAUAAAGUUUCUAUUAAAAGAAAAUGUACUUCCGCUGAGAUUGUAUUUCCUCGCUUCUCAAUUUUCUGAUAUGUCAAAUAUAAGAAAUCA